GUUCAAUCAAGUCAAAACUCAUCAAUACCGCAAAUCCAAUUUGACAAACUCAAGCAAACCCAACGGGAGUCGUUAAUAAACGCGCAGUGUUGUAUUACAUGUAUUAAAUUCAUUAAAAAGUACAUCAAAAUUCAAAAAAAGCCCCCACUUUCUUAACAGGGAGGAAACUUUGUGGGUAGCUCUCCCCUUGGAGUCCCUCCUCUGCUCCCACCUUCGCCUCCUCUGCUGGGAUUGCCUGUCGGACCAUGGCGCUUCAAUCGGGACGUUUGGCUGUAUACGUGGCGUUUAAUUGUGUUAUUCUCGCACUGUUUAGUUUUACCUCAACGGCUUGGGCAGGAGGCAGCACCAAAGUUAUGUCACUUCUGCAGCCGUAUGAUUUUCUGUAUUACAGCGGGGUCCGCGCAUAUUUUAGUGGGGAGUGGGGCAAAGCUGCAGAGCUGCUGGAGAAAUCCAUCGUGACCAGGGAAUCACUGUUCGGGGUCCGCAGGCAGUGUUAUGACGACUGUAUGGCAGCAGGGACAGAGGCUCUGAAGAAACUGGACUCUGAACACGGGACUAUGUGGGACCUCUGGGCCCUGGACUGGGUGCAGCAAAAAGCUGAGUGUUUGAGGUUCUGCAUUGGACGCUCUGUCACACAUGUUGGACAGCUUCCUGUUUCUGCUGAUAUAGAAUACGAGUUUGGCACUCGCAACCCUUAUAACUUUCUGCAAGUCACCUACUACAAGCUGGAAAAGUUGCAGAGGGCGGCAUCAGCAGCUCACACCUACUUCGUGGCCAACCCCUCUCACCUGGAGAUGAGAAACAACAUCGAGAAGUACAGACGGAUGGAAAGCGUGACCGAGGAAGAUUUUCAGGACAGAGAGAGUCACAAUGAGAAACACUGGGUCCUGUAUGAUGCUGCACUGCAGCUCGAGGCUAACUCUGAAUGGAAGCAAGCAGCAGAGAAAUGGAAAGCUUGUGUGAAUGAAACCCUGCGGCAGACAGAGGAGUGCAGGGUGCAGUGUGAAGUCGCUUCCCAACGGCUGCCUGAGGACAGGGGAGUUGACAGCGUUGACGGCGUGUUUGAAAAGGCAGCAGCCCUGUCCCUCUCCCUGCUCUCAUGCCGACAGUCAUGCGUGACUCAAGUGGCCACACGACCUGGAAGGAUUUCUGCUCAGGAGGACUUCCUGCCAACACAGCUUGAGCAUCUGCACAUCGCACAGUUUAAAGCUGGUGACAUAAACGGGGCGUUGCAGAUGCUUCGCUCUCUCCUGCUGUUUUACCCCUCUGACAAGGACUCCUUAGACAACCUGCAGCUCUACCAUGAGACACUAGGGGGAGACACAGAGUCACAGAGCACACAGCCUGCUCAGCAGAUUGUCAGAUACAUCAACCACUCCUUGCAGGAGAAGAAGCUGUUGUAUUUUGGUAUGGAGAACCUCGACUUCACUUUCACAGAUCCAGAUCUUUGGACUCCAGAAGAAGUUGUACCUGAAUCAUUGAGGGAGAUCUGGAGAGCUGAAAAAGAGAAAAUAAAUGAGAAAAUGAAAGUGGGCGAGCAGCAAGAGGAAGUGGAUGACAGUGGGUUUUUUGCAGGAGGUCCGGUGCCUCGGGUGGGCGUGACUAUCACAAUGGACGACGAGAUGCUGAAUGGCACCAAUCGAGUCGUCCUGGAUGGAGUCAUGACGGAGAAGGAGUGUGACAGAAUACUGCAGUUAGCAUCAGUGGCAGGAUCUCUUGGAGAUGGUUAUCGAGGACGGCGGUCUCCACACACUCCUCAUGAGACGUUUGAAGGUCUGACUGUCCUCAGGGCGGUGAAGUUGGCUCAGGAAGGCCUGGUGAACCAAUCAGAUGCCAAGCUGUUACAUGAGCUGGGUGAGAGAGUGAGAACCGUGCUGCACUCCUACUUCAGGAGCCCCUCAGGACUUUUCAUCACUUUCACACACCUGGUCUGUCGCACUGCUGUCACAGAGGAUCAGAAGGGCAGGCUGGACCUCUCUCACCCCGUCCACGUUGACAACUGUCUCCUCGAGCCGGAAACCAAGCAGUGUUGGAAGGAACCACCAGCUUUCACACACAGAGACCUCAGCGCCAUCCUCUACCUGAAUGACGACUUUGAUGGCGGAGAGUUGUUCUUCACUAACAGAGAUGCCAAGACAGUAACGGCUCGAGUGAAACCCAGCUGUGGUCGACUGGUGGGCUUCUCCUCGGGUCCGGUAAAUCCUCACGGUGUUACCGCGGUGACCAGAGGCCGGCGGUGCGCCCUGGCCCUCUGGUUCACAAAGGAGAAGCUCUACAGGGACAGGGAGCGAGAGGAGGCAGAGGCCGUGUGGGCUGCAGAUGGACACAGUGUGGUGAAAACGGACGAGGAGAAGGAGGGAGGUGCCACCUCUAGCCGUAACGCUCGGAGCCAAGUGACAAAGGAGAAGAAGCGAGAGAGACGCAGGGUGACGGGGGGCAAGGAUGAGCUGUGAGGGCCAGAAUGAGCCCACACUCCAUCAUUUACCCACACGUUCACCCUCUUCAUGUUGCUGCCUGGUGGUGUACAGUUCGCAUCUGUGUAUAUACUGUAUUUAUACUGUAUAUGAUGAGGGUAUAUGAGAGAAAUAAUGUCCUGUCGUCCCUCUAAUGUCAAUCACUGCCCUAAAAACCAAAGAGAAUAAAAAAAGUCGUAAAUGUGACUCUGUA